AUGUUGAUUAAUACGAUCAGUAUUCCGGACCACGCCGACCGGAGGUUCGUCUUCUAUUUACGCAAGUGGCGUCGCGAGUUUAUCCAACACCUUGUGCAGACGAUGGAGAAGCUCCUUUCCGGAGACGACCAGAUUCCCGUGGUCGGCUACUUCAUCCCCCACUGGUCCGCCACCGAGUUGAGCUACGGUGGCUGGACCAGCACCGGUACCAGCAUCGCAGGGAUCAACGCCGCCGCAACAACCCACAACGUGGGCUGUCUGAAAGACGCCCCAAAAACAGACUGCAACAUCAAGAACUCCUGGACGAUUAUCCAGGGCCCAGAAACCGUCAGCGUGGCGGGCGUGCGCACCGCCUCGACAUCGGGCAAGAAACGAGCUACGAUAUCACCGUCAUGCACUCGUACGAGUGCAAGAUCCGGUCCUGCACCGAGUCCUGCGACGUAUUUGCCGGCGACGAGCUCGUACUAUGAGUUGGUUUUUACGGCGGGGGUGGAAAAGUUUACUGCCCCUGAGGCGACGACGCCUAAUGCUGCUGCUCCUGGGCCUGCGGGGGCGUUGAUUACGGGUGCGCCUGUUGCUGCAGCUGCGAUUGCUGCGUUGCUUUGA